UGUGGUACUGAAGCGAGCGCUCUGCCCGCCGCUCACACAGACAGCCAGCGGGCUCAGGCGCUCCGUGGCUCGGUCGGCUCGCAAUAAGCUGCGGGGAAUCAGCACUUCCGCGGGGAUUUCCCACUGCACAGAGGAGCCCUUAUUUAUUUUUUAUUUUUUUUACCCGAAGCUCCAGUGGGAAAGAAUUUCCACCAAGCUGAAGCUAACAGCGAGUCUGGGAUGGUCCAAAACCAAAGGAAGACUUCUAUGGUCUUAAAACAACUCCAGCCUCAAAAACGUCAAAACGAUGUGUACCGCACCAUCAGGAGUAGAGGAUUAAUAGCUGACCGAAGGUUUCUGUCGUCUGGUUGGAAGGUGGCUGGCUACCAGCUGGAUUCAAAGAUGUUGAAAUGGAAAUGGUAACGCAAGGGGCCAUAGGAAAUCGUGAUGUUUAAUGGAUGCCCCCUUCGGCGAUCAUUGGAGUCCUCGCAAUCAUAGACUUGGCAUCAAGCGAGUGGUUUUCAUCAUGGCAACAAGUUACCUUCAGCCUGUGCUUCUUGAGCCCUCAUGUGGAGGGUGUAAUAACUGAGGGAGGGGUAGUGAGUGUGAGAAAAGCUUACCUGCAGAUGAAAAGCAUUCAAACCAUGUAGUGUUUCUUUCUCCAAAGAGGGGGGAGGGUGAACGCUGGAUUGAGAUUGCUUUUCUUUUUUUUUUACUUGUUUCUAUUCAUGUAAUCACCGGGGCAGAUUUGUGCGAGAUUGUUGAGUGUAUGUGGGUGUGGGCCGAGAGCGUGAGGUGAGGAGAAAGUGAAAGAGAGGAAAAAAAGAGAGAGCGAACAGAGAAAGACGGGAAGAAAUGGUCCUCCACACCACCCCUUACUCCAGUGCCUGUCUGCACUUCCUGGAUGGAAUGUCGUGGAGCCUGGUGUUUCCCUGCUACUGGCUCCUGGAUCGACUCCUGGCUUCCUGCGUGGCCACUUCGUUGGAGAAGCGCCAGCGCUCCCAAGACCCCUGCUCCUUCCUCACCCUGUGUGUCCUGAUUGCUGCGCCCCUUUAUUUGCUGCUCCUCCUUGUGUCCCUGCCCUUUGCUCUGCUGGGCUUCAUCAUUUGGGCUCCCUUGCAGGCUGUUCGGCAGCCAUACCUGUACACAUAUCGAAGACCAGACAAGAACCAGGCAGAGCAAGGUCAGGCUGGACCAGGUGGCAACGGGACUGGGGAAUGGAGGCCACAAGGCAGAAGCUUCUGUUUCUGCAGUGCCAAUGUUUGUCUCCUCCCGGAUUCCCUGGCCAGGUUCAACAACCUAUCCGACACCCAGAGGAGAGCUCGUGAGGUGGGCAAGAGAAUACGCAACGGUGCAAGUCGGCCGCAGAUCAAAAUCUACAUCGACUCGCCAACCAACACUUCCAUCAGUGCGGCCUCCUUCAGCAGUCUUGCCACAGGUUUCCGCCGCACCUCCUCUCUGGACCAGCGUCCAGAGCAAGUCCAAACCACCAAUGGCCCGGCCGAUACUGAAAUAGAGCCUGUCACAGAGUGCCCUGUUCAUCCUUCGGGUGCCAUUGACUGCCCUGUUCAUCCAUCUUCAGGAGACCAGAGUUUCACCAAUUGUCCGGUUCACGAUGAUGGAGCAGAUGCCACGACAGAUUGCCCCCUCCAUCUGACCGGGACUAACAACAGCUCAGACUGUCCUGUCCACACCCCAGGUGAGCCUGCAGACUGUCCGAUGCAUUCGUCAGGAGGUCAGAAUGACUCUGGCCAUCAUGACUGCCCCAUGCACACAGAGGUAGCACAGAAAAAAACCUCCACAGAGUGUCCGCUUCACACCUCAGGGGUUCAGAUCAGUAUCAGUGCCCCAGAACCGGACCCCCAGGAGGAGGAGGCUGAGACUGGAAAUCAUCGAGAUCUGGCAGGAGGAGACACAGGCAGCAUGACUGCCUCUCGGGAGUCUCUCACUCGUUAUCAUGGAGGCGACACUGCAGUAGGGAUAUCCUCCAACAACACUCUCUCCCAUGUCCCACGCACGUCAAUCUUCAAACGACCUGGGAGGAAACGUCGACACGGAGAUGAAACAUUCGACCACGAGAUCUCUGCCUUUUUCCCCGCCAACUUGGAUUUUCUGGCUCUACAGGAAGUGUUUGACCACGGAGCGACAACAAGACUCCGACGUCAGCUACACCGUUACUUCCCCUACGUGCUGAGCGAUGUUGGGCGUUACGGCUGGAAGGGCUGCUGCUCCAGGUUCAAGUUCUUGAACAGCGGCCUGAUGUUGGCCAGCCGCUACCCUAUCCUGGACGCUCGGUAUGAGUGUUACCCCAACGGGAAAGGAGAAGACGCACUGGCAGCCAAGGGGGCGCUGUUUGCUAAGGUUCACGUGGGCACCUCUCAUCAGGAGCAGAGGGUGGUGGGAUACCUCACGUGCACGCACCUCCACGCCAUCGAAGGCGAUUCGUCGGUCCGCUGCGAGCAGCUCGACCUCCUCCUCCAGUGGGGGGCAGAGUUUCGCCAAUCCUCAACGCAGUCACCCGAAGGAGAGAAGGUGCUGGAGGACCUGGUGGCCUUUGAUGUCAUCUUGGGAGACCUCAACUUUGAUAACUGCUCUUCAGAAGACAAGCUGGAGCAGCAGCACACCCUUUUUACUCAGUACAAGGACCCAUGUCGCCUGGGGCCAGGGGAAGACAAACCGUGGGCUCUGGGCACUCUGCUGGAUCCCAGUGGCCUUUAUGACGAAGACGUCAGUUCACCCGAAAGUUUACAAAAAGUGAUGGAGAACGAAGAGGGGAGGAAGGAGUACCUGGUGUUUCCUCCCAGUAAGAACCAGUGCCCUGCCAGCAGUCAGAAGGGCCGAAAAAUCCCCCUGAAGGGGAACGGACGCCGGAUCGACUACAUCCUCUACAGCGAUGAGGCCAUUCAGCAGGACUGGAAACAGGACAUCGAGGAGUUCAGCUUUGUCACGCAGCUGGCCGGCCUCACCGACCACCUUUCUGUGGCCAUGAGGCUGGCUGUUUCCACCGGGGAAGAGGAGCCUUAGAUCCACCGUCUGACAUUUAAAUUGAUUUUUAUUUUUUUUUAUUUUACUGCCAUGGAGGAAUCAUUGGGGGGGAGGGGGGCUGGGAAGAAAACAGGAAGUUCAGAGUUUACAGAUAAGGAGAAGCACAGGGGAAGAUUGGAGGGACAGCGAGUGGAUGAGUGAUCAGUGGAAGAGCGCUCGGGGCAUUAAAGAAGAAAGAAGAGAGAGAAAAGAGAAGAGGAGGAAUAAACCGGGGGAAUUCAAAUUAGGAAGUCAGAAUUUUCUUUUUUUUUAUCUUCCUGGGUAAAUUACCCACAGAUUCACACUCAACACUGCGACUUUUGAGACUGUUGCUCUUUUCCUCCGAUCCUCCCAGCUGAACUCAGUCCGGAGGGUUUUUGUUCUCGAGUGAAGUGUUUCAUGUAGCCAACGCACGCACUCGUUUGAUCGGAUCUGUCUUAGGACGUAGUUUCAAGCACGAUUCUUGAUUUUUACGACUCUACCUUCAGGGACAGCUGGAUGGUCAUUGUUCAGUGUGUGAAAGAGGAUCGCGGAGCUGAAGGGAAGCUGCUGACCGGCCUUUACAGUGAUCAUCUGUGACCUUGUGUUGUGCUCCUUCCCUCAAAGUUACCGGCCGGUUUUUCGCUGUCAGUCGCUCACCACGCUAAACCCCCCCCCCCCACCUCACGUCAUUCCCGAAACCUCAACAAGUGUCUUUUUUUCUUACGAGCAAAUCUCACUAAAACGAGAG